AUGAAAGAAUCAGCAGAUCUUCAGGUGGCUGAACUUAAGUCAGAAUUGGCCAAAGAAGUAGAGAAGAUGGAGAAAAAUUAUGUUAGGUUGCAUAGUAAAGUUGAUGUUGUUGUUGAUGCUAUUACGAAGUUGGUUGAGUUUAAUACUGAUUAUUUGACCAAACUUGAAGCAAAAUCGGAGAAGGAUUCCAAGGUGUUUGCCAAGUUAGAGGAAUUCUUAUCAAGCAUUAAAGAGUCAAUUUCGAAAGUUGAUGUUUCGACUCAGUCAACUGUGUCUCAGGAGACUACUUCUUUAUUGAUUUCGAAGAUUGAGACGAAUAUCAAAACUGAUUUAGCACCCAUCCUUGAGUUGGUCCUUCUCUUUCCAAUGAAUGCUCCUCGUGUUGUGCAAGUAUUGGAAGGGGGAGAUAAAGGUUGUGGUGGUAUUGGGUCUUUGAAAGAUUCAGAAAAAGGAGCAGUUGUUGGAAGAGUAAUGUCGACUCAGCUACCGACUUCACACCCUAUUUCAUUGUCUACAACUUCAAAAACAACCACAACAAGACCUAUCACAAAAAGGAUCGUUCUAAAUGAAAGUGUUGGAGGUAUAAGUUCGAGGUUUGUGCCACCAACUUCGAAAGCUAAUCAAGGGAAUAAAGGAAAAGGUAUUGUGGUGACUCUUUCUGAAGAGGAAAAGAAAAAACAACAGGCUUUGGAGAUUGAGAAGCAAAGGUAG